AGUCACAUUCGAAACUCCAAUGGCUAGUUUUCAAAGAAGAGUAAAACGAGUCACUGACCCGCUCGACGACAGGGUCAAGGCUCAACUCGUCGGCGCCCGUUAUUUCAGCAGCGGAAGCGAACACUCCGACUCUUCCACCGUCGUCGGAGAUGACUCUCCUUGCCUCUCUGAACUCGUUCAUUGUUUCCUUCAAGAUAACCACGACGAGUCCGAUCAACAGGCUGGUAAUGAUACUCACACCGCCGACGCCGAUGUAGUAGUUUCAGACCUUGAUGAUACGGCGCCGUUGGAGAUCGUCGUCAAGUCCAUUGCUCUUCUCAACAUGGAUUCUUAUGGGAAUCUACUCGUGGCCGACGUUUCGAAAGCAAUGGAAAUGCUUUCUUUUUUCAAAACGGAUAAAUCUGCUUUCAGGCGUGAAGUGAUGGUUUAUCUACGCGAGGCGGGCUACAACGCGGCGAUCUGCAAGACGAAAUGGAAUUCCUCGGAAGGCAUAACGGCCGGGGGCUACGAGUUCAUCGACGUAGUGCAAUCCGUAUCCUCCACGUGGCUGAACAGAUACUUCGUUGAUCUCGAUUUUGCGUCCGAGUUCGAAAUCGCGAUGCCGACAAGCGAGUACUCGAGGCUGUUGCAGUAUUGUCCUAGAGUUUUCGUGGGAAGAAGCGAGGAAUUGAAAAAGAUCGUGAGAGCCAUGAGCGAUUCAGCGAAAAGAUCGUUGAAGAGCAGAAAGUUAUCCCUUCCUCCUUGGAGAAAAAAUCGUUACAUGCAAAUGAAAUGGUUCGGUCCGUACCAUAGGACGACGAGUCAGACCCCGGCGAACUCCAGUUCGCUGACCGGAGCAACGGUCCAUCCAGUCAACGUCGUCCAAUGCCGCUACGUUGGCUUCGACGACGCUGUCAGCGGCAGUGUGUUUGUCCGUACGAGAUGCGCCUUUUCAAAAACACAUUUUUCACGAAAGUGAAAUUAUUAAUAUUAA